GAGGCCCGUUAUGCGAUGAAGAUAAAAGAAGAAGGGUUAGUAUAAACUGGGUAUAAAAUACGGCGAGUUUGAAAACCAAAAGCGCAGAUCAAAACUUGCCUUGCGUCUUCGUCUUCGUCGAUCCAACUCGAACCAAACCGAUUGUAUCAUUCGAUGAGCAAGUCUUCCGCAGGCGAAGGUUCAUCUUCAAAAGUGAAAGCUGGAUCCUCACAGCUAGCAGAAACUUCAUUUAAGCGUAAACGUGGAGUCUUCCAAAAAGAAUUGCAGCACAUGAUGUAUGGUUUUGGAGAUGAUCCCAAUCCUCUUCCAGAGAGUGUGGCUCUCAUGGAGGACAUAGUGGUUGAAUACAUUACAGAUUUGGUACAUAAAGCCCAAGAUACUGGAUCAAAUAGGGGAAAGCUAUCAGUGGAGGAUUUUCUCUACCUAAUCCGCAAGGAUUCUCCAAAACUUAACCGCUGUAAAGAAUUGCUGUCUAUGAAUGAAGAGCUAAAACAAGCAAGGAAGGCUUUUGAGACAGAUGAAGAGAACCUGAGGAAAGCUUUUGAGGCAGAUGAUGAUAAACUGGGAUCAACAGAAUAAUUCUAACUGAUUGGUAUCUAUCUUAGGGGCUGAUAUUUUUCAGUACAUUGUAUGUUUUGUUGAAAGAGUUCUGAAUAUGAUGUCCAAACUUGAUUCCGUACUUGUACACAUUGGGUUUGAUCCCUACUGCAUUAUUGUGUUGCUGAAAGUAUUUUCAAAAGUUCAAAACCCGGUUCUUUACUUUAGAAAAGAAUGUUUGUUUUGGUGUUGUUUACUGGUGUUUGAUUGUUUAAAAAACAUAAGGCCGGCAAAAUAUGAUUUUGGACCUUUUCUUUA